GAUAGGUUAAGAAGGCCUGUCAUCUAUCUUCUCUUUCAUCAUCGAUUCAUAAUUUAUUCACAAGAUACACAAAAUCCAUACGAAACGUCCAUAUUUCCGCUCUUGCACGAUUGCUUCUCGUCGGAAUCAGAUUCGCUGAAACAUACACGAAAGACUUGAACUAGGGUUUUGACAGGGAGGGAAUUCGAACGAUUAUUUUGGUUUUGAACAGUAAUUAUGGCAAAGAAGAGAAAAUCUCUUGCGACGAGUCUAGACGAAGUCGAUCGGACGAUGUACUCAACGUUUUGCAGUGCCGCUAACUCUCUUUCUCAGCUUUACUCCCAGGCCCUUAGCCACCAGAAGCUUUCUUUCCUAUCUGGCGAACGUCAUGGAUUGGAAAAGCUGUAUCAAUGGAUUUCCAAGCAACAUGGGGAAGGAUUGAGAGUGACCUCUGAUGACAUACUAGCCUAUAUCCAGGCUGAGCUGGAAUCAUAUGUGGAAGAGCCAUCAAUGACUCCAAGAACCUUACAAACACAACAACACACACAACCACAAGCAGCAGCUUCAAACCCAUUUACAAAUUCAAAUUCUGGUUCAUCCAGUGAGCAACAAUGCCAACAACAACAACAACAACCAAGAAGCUACAUAUUCUCAAAUGCUCUCUCAAGCCCUGUUCGUCGCAGCCUUCAAAACUACCACAUCUCUCAAGAAGGAUAUGCCAAGAACACCAACAAUGAACAUCACAAUCCUUCUUCUUCAAUGGACAUGCAUCCGGACUCUUCUACUCAAUAAUACUAAUAAUAAUAAUAAUAAUAUGUUUCUCCUUUCUUCGUUCUCCUAAUUUCCAAAUUUCAAUUCAAGAAAAGAGACUGGAGAGAGGAGGGUGUUAUUGCACAAGCCUAAAUAGUGAGCAAGCUUGGGGUUGGAUUUCGGUUGCUUCAUCAAGGUAAAGGUAAGGUAGGUCUACUAUUAUUAUCAUUACUAUUACUAUUAUUAUUACUAUUACUGCUACUAUUACUGUUAUGGUUAUGGUGGGAUUUCAAAGGAAUAUAUUUAUAGCAUUGUCAUGUUGCUAGUUGUGCACUGUGGAUCAUCUUUUCAUGUUUAUGUAAAAAAGUGAACCAUCAGAUUCAAAUGUUUUCUUUUUAUUUUCAUUUUUCCGAGUAUCCUUGAAUCUGUUUAAUAGUUAUGGGGUCCAAAUCCAAGGCUUUUUUUGAAUGGUUUAGAAAAAAACUAGAAGCAUUGAUUUGUGUGGUUGAGAUGCUAGGUUUGACUUUUGUUUGUUGAAAUUGGGUUUUAGGUUUAUGGGGGUGUUGGAAAUACAUGAAGGAUAUGUUGUAAACAAGCAUGUAAAAAAUGUGUGGAAAUUUUGUUUAAACAAAGUUGUGAGUAAACGUAUAGAAACUAAACAAGUGUGUACAAAAUGUGUUGAAACGAAGUUGUAGUAGUAGGUCAUGAUGAUUUAAUGUAAACAUUGAAACAAGUUGGAUUUGAAAAAACGAAAAAGGUUGGG